AAUCUUUUGUAUAUAAACAGGUUUUACAGGAACACAUGAGAAUCCACACAGGAGAGAAACCUUACAGCUGCUCAGUUUGUAAGAAAUCUUUUGUAUAUAAACGGGUUUUACAGGAACACAUGAGAAUCCACACAGGACAGAAAUCUUUCAGCUGCUCAGUUUGUCAGAAAAGUUUCCUUAGAAAUGGAGAUCUGAAGACACACAUGAGAAUCCACACAGGAGAGAAACCUUUCAGCUGCUCAGUCUGUAAUAAGUCUUUUGCAUUUAAACAGGUUUUAAAGCAACACCUGAGAAUCCACACAGGAGAGAAACCUUUCAGCUGCUCAGUUUGUAAGAAAUCUUUUAACCUUCGUUCAAAUUUACAGAGUCACAUGAGAAUCCACACAGGAGAGAAAUCUUUCAGCUGCUCAGUUUGUCAGAAAAGUUUCCUUAGAAAUGGAGAUCUGAAGACACACAUGAGAAUCCACACAGGACAAAAACCUUUCAGCUGCUCAGUUUGUAAGAAAAGUUUCCUGAGAAGUGGAGAUCUGAAUACACACAUGAGAAUCCACACAGGACAAAAACCUUUCAGCUGCUCAGUUUGUAAGAAAAGUUUCCUUAGAAGUGGAGAUCUGAAGACACACAUGAGAAUCCACACAGGAGAGAAACCUUUCAGCUGCUCAGUUUGUGAUAAAAGAUUUAAGCGCAACAGAGAUCUAAAGGUACACAUGAAAAGUCACACAGGAAAGAAUCCCCUUUAGCCUUUUUACCCAAUCAGCCCUCCACAUAUCCCUUCCAGCGGUGGGCCCAUAGGGCGGCUGCUCAAUGUCGAUUUUUCGAGUUGUUCCUGGUCGAACCAUAUGUCUCAUGUCCCAGAAACCAGACCCUCACCAGCAGUAAUAUGCUUUUUGUUUCUUUCAUUGUUUAAUCUAAAUGAUUGAUUUGAAGGGUAAAUAUGGAGACAAGUGUAUUGGCGUACAGAUGAGUAUAUGUAUGUGUGUUUGAGGCAUCAUGUCUUGAAAUAAAUCCUUGUAUUUUAGUUUAUAUUGAUAAAUAUUUGAUUGUUAUUUUCUAUGUAAAAAUGUUUUGCUUUCCAUCUCAAUAAAAAGAGAAUA